AUGAAUGUUUUUGCAGGUGGCGCUGGUAUGUGUAAUAAAGAUUUGUUAUAUAUUAAUGAAAUCUUUGGUAUGGAUCCAAACAUAUACACAAUAGCAUCUCAGUGGCAAAUUGCGGCAAAUUUAUUGACAAUUUAUGGUAGCGAUAAGCAAAAAAAACGUUUUUUGCCUGGGCUUGCUUCAGGAGAAUUCCAUCCUGCAAUUUCCGUCGAUAAUAGUGAUGAUACUGAAAAAAUAAGCGGUGAAAAAAUUUGUGUUAUUGGUGCGUCUCAUGCUAAUCUUUUUUUCGUUUUUGCUAAAAGCAAAAAGUACUCCGAGGUAUUUUUGUUUUUAUUUUUCAUUGUAAUAUUUAUUUUUUUCAAUUAUUACAAGAAACUAGUGACGGAACUUGCCUUGAAUACUUAUAUCUUGGAAUCAAUUACUUACUACAUUGGAGGAAUGCUUGAUGAAAAUCUUGUAAUCGCUACCGAUAUCGAACCGGUCACUAAUACAACGCAAAUAAUUGGAUUGAAAGCUUGUGAUUCUCAAUUUGAAUUCGAGAAAAUGAUAAGAGAUAUAAUAACAGUUAUGUCUUUGAAUAACACUGAAAUGAAUUUAAUUGACCAAAUUUCGAUGCGAACGUUAACUUCCUGGGCAAACUGCAAUUCUACGAUGUUAUCCUUUUCCAAGUUUGAAGAUCCAAAAAUGAUUCAUUUCAUGGCAGAACAUGUUCAUCCUUCUCUAGAACCUGCUUGUCGUGAUCUUGAGAAGUCAAUGUCCAGACUCGAUAUAGCCUUGGAAAGGAUUAUUGCCGAUCACGGGAAAGACGUUCAAUCUGAUUUUUCUCUGCUUGACGGUAUUUCACAAGUAAUAGAGAAUAAUCUAGCUAUGAUUUCGACGAUAUCGCGUUCAAGUCGAUCUUAUUCUAUUGGUCUUCGAAACUCAGACCUAGAAGUUAGUCAUUUCGAUUUCGUAAAAUUAUAUCCAUCAUUGUUACAAGUUGGUAAUUCUGUUUUGGAAUCUUGUGGUUAUCCUAUUGAGAAUCCAAUUACGAAAAACUGGUGA